AUGGCAUGCACAGUGAACCAAAAGAAUAUUGGCCAUUCAUAUGUGAGGUAUGUAAUGUGGACAAGUACAGUUUUACUACUUGUUACAUACCAAUACACAUUUUGUGUGGCAUUUGAAAUAAGAUCACCUAGGCUUUCUCACCACCAGGUGGUACACAAUUAAAUAUGUUCUGCUUCCUUGUCAUUUAUUUGAAUGCCACAGCUAAAAUUCGCAGUUUUACUCGUUGUACUCUCGAGUAUUCUACAAUAAUAUAUCAUUACUUCCAAUUAAUACAUAAACACUUAAUUUUCAAUACCUACAUGUACAGUGUACAACUAGACAUAAGAAUCUGUCUACAUAAAAACACACAUGCACUAAAAAACCACUCCUAAUUUUGCACACAGGCCCUUCAGAAAAUUCACCUUUCCCCUGGAACACAAGGGAUAAAACACUUGACAAGAAUGGAUACUAAGAUGUCACAUCAAAGGGCAAGGCAACAAACUAAAAAAUUCAAGCAACAAAGAAGACGACAGAAGGAGAAGAGGUAGAGUGUGUUUGAAGACUUUAAUAAUAUGAUAAUUAUAUUGUUUGAAAAUAUGAUUUAGCCUACAAUUUUGCCUAUGUUCUGCAGAUGUAUUAACCUAGCCAAUAAAACUGGAAUAAUUUUCAUGCACAUGCAGCAAUUAUAACAAACUAUGAAUUCACACAGGCUUUCAAAGACAAAGCAAACAGAAACCAGGGAGGGUUCCCAGUACAAGAGUGGCAUGGGAUAUUUACCAGAAAACGAUGCAGCAGAAAUUCCUCCUCCUCCAAAACCCUGUGAAUCAAGUACAAAGCAGCUGCAUCAACAAAACCUUACAAAUAUAGUAUUUGAUCUAGAGACAUCAUCUCGAGGUAGUAUACUGUAAACUAUUUCAAAUAUGAUUAAAAGAAAUCAUCCAGCUUUACAGAAUAUAUUAUUAUUGGAAUGUGAAUUCACAUUUUCAAUCAUUUUUAAACCAUUAAAUUUUUGCUUUUCUAGCCUUUUCUAGCUCUACGUUAUAGUCGUAAUUUUAAAUAACAUUGGUUGUACUUGUAAAUUUUGUUUUUCUAGCCUUUCUAAUAACAUUAGUCUAUUAAUUUUGUAAGGCAUUUUUCUAUUUUAGGGCAGGUUAUUAUCUCUGUGAAUUAGUACAAUAGGGCAUUUUAUUAUUUUUAUGGAUACACAGAGUGCUACAUAAGUAAUAUUAUUAUUAUAUAAAUGUCCUUACAACAGUAAAGAACAUUUUUUCAGCCGUUCGAGGUUCUUGUAACCAGUAUUUAAUUUGCAUGCAAAUGUUCCUGAUAAACCUAUCAACUAUACCAAAACGUAUACAAUGUACCAAAACCACCAAACAGCUACAGUUUCUUCUCUUCUGCAAUAAAAGGGGGUGGUAGGCCUACACGACUUUUACCUCAUGCCAAAAUGCUGCUUAUUCCAAUAGAGUUGUUUUUAUCUGCUGGGUAGAUUAUGUUUUGGAAGGUUCUGCAUUUAUACCGAGCAAAUGUGAUUUUAGCCGCAUUUUUCACACUGAGAGGUCAUGACAUAUAUAUCGAUUGACUGUAGUUAUUGUUUUCUGGUCGGCAGGAUUUGCCCUCUGAUGUAAGCGCAUUUUCUUUGACCUCUUUUGAAGCGUAAAACUUUUUUAUUAUGGCUGAAUAAACUCUUCCGAACUAAUAUUCGAAGAGAAAAUUACAAAUUUCAAAGCGCAUCUGCUACAGAGGGGUUACCCAGAGGAUCUUAUUAACACAACCCUCUCAGAGGUGAACUUCAAAGACAGGAAACUAGCCCUUCAACGGAAACCAAAGACAAACCAACGAAUCUUGCCUUUUGUCACACAAUACCAACCAUCAGUGCCAAACCUAAAGCAAAUUCUCAUGAAAAACUGGCAUUUAAUAGAACAACAACCAUUACUGAGCGAAAUCUACAAAAAACCGCCUCUCGUAUCUUAUAAAAGAGGGCGGUCGUUCAAAGACAUACUCGUGAGAGCCAAACUAUAGAAAGGCUAUUUUAAACACAUGCUGGGGAGUAGUGUAGGCCUGUCAACCCCAUUUUACACGAGGUUUAUGUACUUCCAACUAAACCCAUAUCACCGGUUGCAUCAUAAGUAAAUAAGCUUACCUUUCAGCGAGACAUUCUUUUUUUAACAAAGGUCGUCCUGUCCAGGCAGUUCCACUGGAGGAGGCAUUAUCUAGGAUGAAAGCGUGGCUCAAGACCAAGUCUCCCUGCCUGUUGAUAGCCCACAACUGUAAAUGUUUCGAUGCAAAGCAUCUGAUGAAAGCCUUUGAGUCCACUGGAUUAUACAAAGAAUUUUCAGCAAUUGUUCCAGGGUUUUCUGACACAUUAACAGCCUUUAGAGGACUCCUUCCUGCACGUAAAUCACACAGUCAAGAAAAUCUGGUGCAAGACCUUCUACUCUGCAGCUAUGGAGCCCAUAAUGCCAUAGCUGAUGCCCAGUCACUGUUUAAACUUGUCAGCAAGUUCUUAAAUUCAAAGCUGGUUGGAAAACAUAGCUUU